GACAAGUCGAGUCAUCACAACUACUUCUCAUACAGGCUUCUCAAGUUUUCAAAAUGGGUAAAAUAAAAGGCGGUCCCGUUGUGGAAAUGCAAGGAGAUGAGAUGACAAGAAUCAUCUGGGAUUUGAUAAAGGAAAAAUUAAUUCUACCAUUUGUAGAUUUAGAACUACAUCUGUUUGAUCUGGGUAUUGAACAUCGAGAUGCUACAGAUGAUCAAGUAACUAUUGAUGCAGCUAAUGCCAUAAAGAAAUACAAUGUUGGUAUUAAAUGUGCCACCAUAACACCAGAUGAAAAGAGAGUUGAAGAAUUUAAGUUAAAGAAAAUGUGGAAGUCCCCUAAUGGUACUAUCAGAAAUAUAUUAGGUGGAACAGUAUUUAGAGAAGCUAUUAUAUGUAAAAAUAUACCACGAUUAGUACCAGGCUGGACUAAAAGUAUUGUUAUUGGUCGUCAUGCUUUUGGAGAUCAGUAUAAAGCUACAGAUUUUGUAGUAGGGGGACCAGGAAAAUUAGAAAUGAGUUUUACACCCAGUGAUGGUGGCGAGAAACAAAAGUUUACAGUUUAUGAAUUUAAAGAAUCUGGUGGUGUUGCCAUGGGAAUGUACAAUACAGACGCUAGUAUUAAAGAUUUUGCUCACAGUUCACUUAAGUUUGCUCUACAGAAAGGCUGGCCUUUAUAUUUAAGUACUAAAAAUACUAUUCUAAAGAAGUAUGAUGGUAGAUUUAAAGAUAUUUUUCAAGAUAUUUAUGAUAGAGAAUAUAAAGGUGAAUAUGAGAAGAAAGGUAUUUGGUAUGAACAUCGAUUGAUUGAUGAUAUGGUAGCCUAUGCUAUGAAAUCAGAAGGUGGUUUUGUGUGGGCGUGUAAGAAUUAUGAUGGUGAUGUACAGUCGGAUUCAGUUGCUCAAGGGUUCGGAUCAUUAGGUAUGAUGACCAGUGUAUUGAUAUGUCCUGAUGGUAAAACAGUAGAAGCUGAAGCUGCUCAUGGUACAGUCACAAGACAUUACAGAUUCCAUCAACAAGGCAAAGAAACUUCCACUAACCCUAUUGCUUCUAUUUUUGCAUGGUCAAGGGGGCUAGCUCAUCGUGCUAAAUUAGACAAUAAUCCAGAAUUAACUAAGUUUGCUGACAGUUUAGAAGCUGUAUGUAUUGAAACUAUUGAAAGUGGUGACAUGACUAAAGAUCUUGCUAUCUGUAUUAAGGGCAUGAACAGUGUAACAAGAAAAGAUUAUUUGAAUACGUUUGAAUUUCUUGACAAACUUGCUGAGAAUUUAACCAAGAAGUUAUCAAGUUGACAACAUAAUUCAAAUAGUAAAUUAUAAUAAUAUUGUGUUAUAGGCGCUUAAAUUUACUCUUUUUUUACUGGUUUCAAACUUACAUUUAGGCAUUCCCAUUUUAUCUUAUAAUUCUUUUUAAUUAUAUAAUUACAUCGAAAUAUUUAUUUGAAAUUUCAUUUUCUAUUGUUAUUUAAGAAACAUUUGGGCAUUAAUAACAUGUUUAAUGAUGUUAAGAUCAAAUGAAACAUACAAGAGUAAGGUUAUUGUUGGAUAUAUGAUUGAAUCAGAAUGAAGUUUAAAAUGUUUACAUUAAGCUCAAAUGUUUUAUCAAUUUUGCAGGGCAAAAGUAUUUAGUUGUUAUCAUUAUUCUUUACUAUAUCUCAAUUUGUGCAAUUCUAUAUUCUCAUUCUUGAAAGUAGUCGCUAGUGUUAUAUAUUCCAUACAAUUCUCUUCAAAUUAAAUAAAAAAUUAUCUUC